CCACCACCACCACGCUCUCCACCCAUACCCUCGCCCUCACCUUAUCCCCCGACCCGAAUCCGCCUCCACCUCCUCCACCGCCGCCGCCGCCUCCUCCUCCCCCCACCAUUUAUUCCUAACGCCCAACCUCCCCUCUCGCCCUCGCCCCCAGAUCUGGAUCUGAAUCGCCGGUGGCCGGUGGCUUGAGGAUGGCUGCCGCGGCGGCGCAGGAGGCGGCGGCGGAGGAGGAGCCGCGCCGGAGGAAGAGCGCGCCGGGCCAGCCCUGGGCGCUCAUGGAGACCAUGCACCUCAUCGACGCCUACGAGGAGCGGUGGACCAGGCUGCGCCGCGGCCAGCUCAAGGCGCAGCAGUGGGAGGACGUGGCUGCCGACGUCGCCGCCCGCUGCGCCGCCUCCGGCGCCGCGCUGCGCAAGACGGGGACCCAGUGCCGCCACAAGCUGGAGAAGCUCCGCAAGCGGUACCGCAUCGAGGGCGGGCGCCCCGUCACCUCGCUCUGGCCCUACUUUCGCCGUAUGGAGCGCCUCGAGCGGGGCCCCCUCCCUGUCUCCUCCGCCUUCCCGCCGCCCGCCGCCUCCCCACCCGCGGCCGCCUCUGACGAAGACGAGGACGAGGAAGACGACGACAACGACGAGGAGGAGGAGGAAGACGAAGAACCAGAAGAGCCCCUCCCCCGGAACAACACCAGGAGCAUCAACGGCCUCCUCCGGGAGAGCGGCGGCGGCGGCUUUGGCGGCUUCGCCCCUCGCCCACCGCAACCACCAUCCGCCAUGAUGCUCUCCACUGCGCCUCCCCGGAAGAGGGUCCCCUACGAGGCCUUUCAAGCCAAGGCCGCCAUGGCAGACAAGGUGAAGGAAGAGGACCCUCCUCCUCCACCUCCUCCUCUAGGCAGCGGCCCCGGUGGUGGAGCCAACGCGCAGCUCUCUGCAGUGCUGAGGGAUUUCGGCCAGGGGAUCAUGCGGCUAGAGAGGCGGCGCAUGGAGAUGCAGUGGGAAAUCGAUCGUGGGUGGAAGGAAACCGAGGCCCGCUACAGCAGGAUGCUCCUUGACGCUCAGCGCCACCUCCACGAGGCUCUCAACGCCGCCUCCGCCGCGCCAGCGCCAGCGCCAGCCAAGAAGGCCAGGAGGGAGCAUGGCGGCAGCGGAGACGGCUCAUAGCAAACCAGCAGCUGAUGAGGGCUUCACACCACACAAGUUGCAGUCCUGCAGCUGCUUAGCUUAAUUUGGCGGUUUGAUGGUGAGCCUACUUGCCUUAUAUGUUCAGGAUGUAUUUAGUAUAUGUGCUGAUUUUUUUUUCCGUAGCAAGUUGACAAAAUCUCUGAUGCUAUGCAUUCUGUCCUGGUGAUGUGUUUGCAUGGUGAAGAGAGAUGUAGUGUACUCCGAUAGUAGGAGCAGUUGCUAAUUUUACACCUGACCUGUGCUUGUGUCAGUUUCUCUUAUGUAUGCUCGGAAGUCGGAUUUGUAGAUACUAGAUAGUAUUAAUGUCUUGCUUCUACAUA